UUUGUUUAUUUGCAGCAGUGCUUUUGCGGUUUUGUUUACCGUUGCUGGUUUUUUUAAAGAUACAGACUCACUCUUUAAACAGCCUUGAAUUCUGAAUAACUGUGGAUUCGUCGCUUUGGUCCAAAAUAUGUGCUUUCAUGCAAAAUGCGGAUAUCAAGAUCUUAAGUACAGCCUACUCAAAGAAAAGUAUGCAAAAAAAAUCAAGGAAUGGCUGUUGAUCCAGUAAUCAUUUUAAACGAAUGCUCUUUACGCGCGACUCUGGGCAUGCUGCAGUUUCGAGGAGGAGAGUACAAAUUAAGUUGUGAAAAUGAGUAAUGGACCACAAGAUCUCUGACCCUUUACAUAACCCACGAGUGCAAUAGGAAUUUUACUCUAUAGUCAAGUGCAAUUAUUUUGACAUGGACAAUGGAUAAUAUAAGAAUUGCAGUAAAUGGUAUUUCUUUUAACGAGACAGCCGAGAUCUACAAACCACACGCUGAUCCGUUCACUGGUCCAAUAACACAUCUUGCACCUUGGAAUUUCGCAGUUUUGGCUACGUUGAUGUUUGUUGUAACAUCUCUGUCUCUCUUUGAAAAUUUUACUGUUAUGUUGGCCACUUACAAGUUCAAACAGCUGAGACAGCCCUUAAAUUAUAUCAUUGUUAAUUUAUCUGUCGCUGAUUUCCUCGUGUCACUCACCGGUGGAACAAUAAGUUUUCUAACAAAUGCCAAAGGGUAUUUUUUUCUUGGAAAUUGGGCUUGCAUAUUGGAAGGUUUUGCUGUCACCUAUUUCGGGAUUGUGGCUCUGUGGUCCCUGGCAGUCCUGUCCUUCGAGCGUUUCUUUGUGAUCUGCCGGCCUCUGGGGAAUGUUCGUCUUAGGGGGAAGCAUGCGGCAAUCGGCCUGCUGUUUGUCUGGACCUUCUCCUUCAUCUGGACGAUCCCUCCUGUGUUCGGCUGGUGCAGCUACACGGUCAGCAAGAUCGGCACCACCUGCGAGCCAAACUGGUACUCCAACAACAUUUCAAAUCAAACCUACAUAAUCACCUUCUUUGUGACCUGCUUCAUAAUGCCCCUGGGGGUGAUCAUCUACUGCUAUGGGAAGCUCCUACAGAAGCUGAGAAAGGUGUCCCAUGGCAGGCUGGGUAACGCCAAGAAACCGGAGCGUCAGGUGACACGCAUGGUGGUGGUGAUGAUUGUGGCUUUCAUGGUGGGCUGGACGCCCUACGCAGCCUUCUCCAUCAUUGUCACAGCCUGUCCCACCAUCUACCUGGACCCCAGAAUUGCUGCUGCACCCGCUUUCUUCUCCAAGACGGCCGCAGUCUACAACCCAGUCAUCUACGUCUUCAUGAACAAACAGUUCAGGAAGUGCCUGAUUCAGCUCUUUACCUGCAAGCCUGCGCCAGAGAACAUGAAUGCAACGUCGGAGCGACUGGGAAUGACGGGGGAGAGCUGCACGGGGGGCGAGAUGUCAGCCAUAGCAGCACGCAUCCCGGUCUGCGGCAACACCCAGCCUAAGAAUGAGGAGGCAUCCCCCAGCAAGUGCAGCUCCUUCGUCCAGUUGCCAAUCCCAGAGAACAAAGUCUGCCCCAUGUAGACCAACAGAAGACUAUCCCACCCCUGAACUCUCCUCCAGUCUUCACUGCCUUUUCAUCCUCCCCUUCCAUUGCUAUGCAGAUGCAUCUUCUCUUACCCACCAACUUCUUGUGGUAUGUGUUAGUUUAAAGAUGCCAGGUGUAACCACAAGGGUUCCCUGGUUGACUUGUUAUGUAUUAGUAGACAUGGAGGGAAACUGUAGCACAAAAGAGGGACAUAAUGCUUUCAUGUAUGGCAAGCAGCCAGAUCACCCUGACUGCAUCUAUCUGCUGAAAGUCAUCUGAGGCUAAGCAGGGUCAGGCCUGGUUGAUCUCUGGGGUAGGAGACCAGAUGCUGUUGGAAAUUGUGUUAGAGUGCCAGUAGGGGGCAUUCUUCCCUCCUCAAUACCUUAGUCCAUCCUUUCUGAGGACACUGCUCCACAAAGGAUUCCCUUAUCCCUCAUACCACCAAUAUAUUUCACAGACAUGGAUUACCAACUGGGGUAAUUUUGACCCCAAGAAGAAACUAUUGGAAAAAGCAACAAUCAUAGCAAAAUAUCAAAUUAAUUAUUAUCAAAACAUCAUUAGAUAUGUAAAUAAAAUAAAUACUUAUUUUUACAAAAUUACAUGUAAUUUGCAUAUUCUAGAAAUCAAGAAUAUACAUUUCACAAUAAUGUGCAGCUCUUUUCCAAAAUACAAUACACAAGUACUAUUAAGCCAAUUUACCAUCAUUUGAUUGUGUUAUCAUUUCGUUUUUAGAAUGUUGAUGUAAAUAUACAUUUAGUCUUAUUUGGUAAAAAUGACUGGCAUUUUAAAGGGGCAGUACACCAACAUUUGAAAUAUACUUAAUUUUAAAAAGUGAUUAAUCCAUUGAACCUGUGAGACAAUGACCAACAAUAUGGCUUCGUUUUCUUACCCCAAAGCCAGCAUGAGCAUCGUUGCUAGUGAAACAAUGGCAGUAGGCUUCAGAAAGCAUGCACAAAUCUUCAGUCACUUCAAACCAAAUGUUAUUUUAUUUAUUUAUUUUAUUUUACCUUUAUUUAACCAGGCAAGUCAGUUAAGAACACAUUCUUAUUUUCAAUGACGGCCUGGGAACAGUGGGUUAACUACCUGUUCAGGGGCAGAACGACAGCUCGGGGGUUUGAACUCGCAACCUUCCGGUUACUAGUCCAACGCUCUAACCACUAGGCUACCCUGCCGUUAUAGCAACCCAAAUACCAUAAAUUGCAAAUCUAGAAUAUUGAUUUUAUAGGAAUUCAUGUAUUUAUAUAACACUUCCCGUAGAAUUACUAUUUUUCGAAGAAUACACAGCAAUACAACACUAUAUGUACAUUUAGAGGGUAGCUGGUUUCUGUAUUACAGUUCUACCAAGUAUUCAUACUGACAUACUUUUAAUGAGCUGUUUUGACUGCAACUAAGCAUAUACAGUGGGGCAAAAAAGUAUUUAGUCAGCCACCAAUUGUGCAAGUUCUCCCACUUAAAAAUAUGAGAGAGGCCUGUAAUGUUCAUCAUAGGUACACUUCAGCUAUGACAGACAAAAUUAGAAGAAAAAAAAUCCAGAAAAUCACAUUGUAGGAUUUUUAAUGAAUUGAUUUGCAAAUUAUGGUGGAAAAUAAGUAUUUGGUCAAUAACAAAAGUUUAUCUCAAUACUUUGUUAUAUACCCUUUGUUGGCAAUGACAGAGGUCAAACGUUUUCUGUAAGUCUUCACAAGGUUUUCACACACUGUUGCUGGUAUUUUGGCCCAUUCCUCCAUGCAGAUCUCCUCUAGAGCAGUGAUGUUUUGGGGCUGUUGCUGGUCAACACGGACUUUCAACUCCCUCCAAAGAUUUUCUAUGGGGAUGAGAUCUGGAGACUGACUAGGCCACUCCAGGACCUUGAAAUGCUUCUUACGAAGCCACUCCUUUGUUGUCCGUGCGGUGUGUUUGGGAUCAUUGUCAUGCUGAAAGACCCAGCCACGUUUCAUCUUCAAUGCCCUUGCUGAUGGAAGGAGGUUUUCACUCAAAAUCUCACGAUACAUGGCCCCAUUCAUUCUUUCCUUUACACUGAUCAGUCGUACUGGUCCCUUUGCAGAAAAACAGCCCCAAAGCAUGAUGUUUCCACCCCCAUGCUCCACAGUAGGUAUGGUGUUCUUUGGAUGCAAACUCAGCAUUCUUUGUCCUCCAAACACGACAAGUUGAGUUUUUACCAAAAAGUUAUGUUUUGGUUUCAUCUGACCAUAUGACAUUCUCCCAAUCUUCUUCAUGAUCCAAAUGCUCUCUAGCAAACUUCAGAUGGGCCUGGACAUGUACUGGCUUAAGCAGGGGGACACGUCUGGCACUGCAGGAUUUGAGUCCCUGGCGGCGUAGUGUGUUACUGAUGGUAGGCUUUGUUACUUUGGUCCCAGCUCUCUGCAGGUCAUUCACUAGGUCCCACCGUGUGGUUCUGGGAUUUUUGCUCACCGUUCUUGUGAUCAUUUGGACCCCACGGGGUGAGAUCUUGCGUGGAGCCCCAGAUCGAGGGAGAUUAUCAGUGGUCAUGUAUGUCUUCCAUUUCCUAAUAAUUGCUCCCACUUGCUCCCACAGAUGAUUUCUUAUUGACCAAAUACUUAUUUUCCACCAUAAUUUGCAAAUAAAUUCAUUAAAAAUCUGAUGUGAUUUUCUGGAUUUUUUUCUCAUUUUUUCUGUCAUAGUUGAAGUGUACCUAUGAUGAAAAUUACAGGCCUCUCUCAUCUUUUUUAAAUGGAAGAACUUGCACAAUUGGUGGCUGACUAAAUACUUUUUUGCCCCACUGUAUAUAUAUCUAAAGACACUGAAGCAGCAAACUUUGUGGAAAUUAGUAUUUGUGUCAUUCUAAAAACUUUUGGCCACGACUGUAUAGGCGAAUUAUGUGAUUUUGGCUCAUUAGGUGAUUUUGGCUUCAUUACAUUCCAUUCCGUUUAUACCUUUCUUUCCUCUGUCACGUCCGCAUUAGUGGAUCAUAUUAGGCAUAUUGUGCAAUAAUUGGGGACAUGUAUUUAUAUCAUUAUGGGACUCGGACUAUAUGUACCAGGUUAAACCUGAAGCCUGGCGCACAGUUCACGGCGACUGGACCGUUGUCAUACAGUUCCAUGAUUAGUGAGGAUUAGGGUAGAUUUAUAGGACUAUUGUUCAAACCUCAUUAUACACUUUUUCCACCUUCCAAUAUUUCAUGGAUUGAACUUUAAUAUGACAACUUGCACAAUGAAUCAAACCCCUCCAUUUUUGAUUCGUCAAUAUAUUAAAGGUUCUCCUAACCAGUUUUUUUUUUUUUAUGAAUCAUACAUAUUUUCCUAACCCAAAUAUGUGCCAAAAUAAUCUACAAGAUCAGAGUAUUUUUAAAUCUACCAGUUGGUGCUGAAACGGAGACAAAUAUGCAUAUAUGUAGAUGGAUUUUCUUUCAUUGAUAUCUAUAUUUUGAACCAGUUUUCUCUAUGUAUUCUAGUGAGUCUGCCGGAAAAAAAUCGAAUUAAAGGUACCCCCUAUUUAAAGGGAUGGCUUAAGAUAAAUGUACUGAAACCCUAUUGAAUCAAAACUCCAUAAAUAAAUCUGUUAGCCAGCAAGUGGGACUGUGUUCAGAGGUUGAAUUAAAUGUAUUCAGCAUGCGGAAGGGAACCACGCCUGCAAAGUCCAUUGCACACCUGCAUAAGGUAAGUCUGAAAACGAACUCCUGAGAAGUGCGUAGGAAAGGCGUACAUUUGACAAAGUCAUGAAACAUUUGAAAAACUGAAUAAACCACAUUCAGACUAUGAUCAAAAAUAUGCCUCUGGGUUUCAAAAGGACCCCAGUCGGUAGGAUGAGGGUUAAACCAAGGUCCUGAUUCUGUAAUCCCUAGAUUCCAUGGCCUCUCAUACAAUUAUGGCCCCCUAAUCAUCCCUUGUUAGCCCCUUCCCAAUACAAUACAAGAUUAUUUCAGCACUUCGAAAAGUACUAUACUUUAAAGGUUCAAUGCAGCAGCUUUGAUCUCAAUAUCAAAUCAUUUCUGAAGAAAAAAAACCAAAUAGCUUCUUUGCAAAGAGCCAUUUCUGAAGCAAUAAUUUUUCUAGGACUGUUUGGGAGUGGUCUGAGUGGGGAUUGGAAAACUAAAAAAUACCUAUAUUAUAUUGGAAUCCCUCUUUCUUAUUGGUCUAUCGACUAAUUUGCCGCCUGGAGAUGUCACCAGGCAGGCCAAAACUCCAUCGCUCAAAUGGCUCUAGUACGAAAAGUAAAUGAUCAUAAUGUUCUACAUUUCACAGUAUUAAUCCAACCUUAGUGUGGAAAUAAGUAUUAAACACAGAAAAAUCACACUUUUGACUCCCCCGGGGCUUUAAAACCCCUCCAUCAUUACUUAUCAUUAUGACAAGGACAUUAAAUGUUUGUUGACAGUGAUUAAAUAAGCUAGAAAUUACGGUUGUAAAUAGACAAUUUACUUGUCUGAUUCCAUCCCUCUUUACUUGAGUUGUGAGUUGUUUGCGUUAUGGUAGGCCUAUUGUCAUCAAUUACCUAACUGUUUUAACUACCUAACAGUCCCAUAUACACUCAGCUUGUACAACUGAUGUACUCUCGGUUGUGCCAAAAGCAUUGUACAUCAGUUGUAUAACUCGAGUGUGUACUGGACCUGUGACUCCACCACCUGCAUCAUCAAGGUUGUCGGAGGGGGCGUCUGUUGAAUCUCGCUCUAAUCCAGAUGAGCCAGACUCAUCUUUAGCUCUUUUCCCCUUUGAAGCCCCUGCGAUGGCAACUGCUGAGAGAUUAUUGUUUUUCUAUGCUGUUUCACUACCUUUUUUUUGUGCUCUUAUUGAGCAGAUUCGAUGGGAAAGCUUUCAUUCCACAAAGACAGUCAAUGAGACUUGGUACAGUUGACCCCAUGCUGGCUCUGCUGGGAAAUAGAGGGACUGUAUAUUUAUCAUGAUUCCACAAAGAAUACUUUCUUCACUCUAUUACUGUACAUUGUCAAGAAAUACUGCAUAUGGGCACUGACUGGGUCCAGUAAAUCCAAGUUUCUCGGCUUAUCAUUAGCGUAGAUAACUGCUGUAGCAAUGUGCACAAAACCAUUGUACAAUGAGGAUCACAUCACAAAGCAUUGGCCUACAGUCAGCAAUAGUGUAUUUCAGAUGUAUUUGAACUUGUGUUCAUUUCUCUUUAACUAAAUCCUGUACACAUGACAGCGUCUCUUGUUUACCAUUCUGUGCUGCACCAUCCUUGAAUGUAACAAUUAAAUGAUAAUGCCUGACAAGCCAGAGUUUGGAGGAUGUAUUGGCGACAAACCGUGCCAAUAUAUCCUCAACACCGGCUUCGAGGACAUUAUCACUUUAAUACAACAGGUUACCAACAUAUUCCAAAAAUUAUUGACAUAUUUUCAUUAACGUUAUAUUGAUUAAUUUAUUCAUACUAUUUCAUCCUUCCACAAGAUAUAGUCCCAACAUAAAUCUAGGUCUCCUACCCAAGCCGGCUGGUCAUUCGCUCUAUCGGUUCUGUUGCCAGAGACAUGACCCAGUCGUUCAGUCUUUUUGUUCUGUAAAUAUGGACGUUCGUUCUAAAUGUUCCAUUGCCAUAAUGGCUGUUAACAUUCUUAUCCCUUGAUUGCUAGCUAGCCAGAUAUGGAAUAACAGCCAGAAUAACAGCAAAAUAGAUGCAUUUUUGUAAGCCGUUUUCUAGUGACAUUUAUUUGGCUACAUCCAAAACAAUGAGCUAAUGAGGCGCAAUUUUGCCUCGCAUAGAACAUGUGCUCACUUGUCAGGACACUGAAGCCUCACAAGUCCUCAACUGGCAUCCUGGAGUCGCCUCGUCACUGCUGACGUUGAGACUGGUGUUUUGCGGGUACUAUUUAAUGAAGCUGCCAGUUGAGAACUUGUGAGGCGUCUGUUUCUCAAACUAGACACUCUAAUGUACUUGUCCUCUUGCUCAGUUGUGCACCUGGGCCUCCCACUCCUCUUUAUAUUCUGGUUAGGGCCAGUUUGCUCUGUUCUGUGAAGGGAGUAGUACACAGCGUUAUACGAGAUCUUCAGUUUCUUGGCAAUUUCUCGCAUGGAAUAGCCUUCAUUUCUCAGAACAAGAAUAGACUGACGAGUUUCAGAAGAAAGGUCUUUGUUUCUGGCCAUUUUGAGCCUGUAAUCGAACCCACAAAUACCGACGCUCCAGAUACUCAACUAGUCUAAAGAAGGCCAGUUUUAUUGCUUCUUUAUCCAGAACAAGAGUUUUCAGCUGGGCUAACAUAAUUGCAAAGUGGUUUUCUAAUGACCAAUUAGCCUUUUAAAAUGAUAAACUUGGAUUAACUAACACAACGUGGGCCUCUGUUUACCUAUGUAGAUAUUCCAUAAAGAAUCUGACGUUUUUAGCUACAAUAGUCAUUUACAACAUUAACAAUGUCUACACUGUAUUUCUGAUCAAUUUGAUGUUUUUUUUAAUGGUGAAAAAAAAGUGACCCCAAACUAUUGAACAUGUUGACCAUAAGAUGCUUAAAGGCACAAUCUGUAAGAUUUCCUGCUGUUCAUACUCAUUGAUUAUUGAGAUAUAUAACUUAUGCACUGUCAAAUCUUAUGUAAUACUACAUUGUUCAUGUUUUUGUUGUCAUUGAGUCUCUGUACACAAACAGUGUAUAGCUUCAAAAUAUGUUUACAACUACGACAUCAAUCUCAUGGACUACAGCAUUUGCAUCUACAGCUCCAUCUCAGUGGAGGCUGCUGAGGAGAACGGCUUAUAAUAAUUGCUGGAACGGAGCAAAUGGAAUGGCAUCACAAACACAUUUACAUUUACAUUUAAGUCAUUUAGCAGACGCUCUUAUCCUGGAAACCCAUGUGUUUUGAUACUGUAUAUUUGAUACCAUUCCACUUAUUCUGCCCCAGUCAUUACCACGAGCCCAUUCUCCCCAAUUAGAAUUAUGUCACUCUUGCCCUGACUAUCAUGCUCCUGCAACAGUGUGUGUUGUAUUGUACUUACCAUGGCAUGAGAGUUGUUCUGCUGUUUGUAAUGCAACUAUUUUGUCUUCAGUUAUUUACAAGAGUUCAAGGUC